UUUGUGAUAUAGUUUUUUUUGUUUCCUGUUAGAACUGUCAGUUUUUUUUGUUUACUGUUAGAAUUGUCAAAACAAAAAUAUACAGCAAUAAACAACACCUUUCUUUCUAAUGGAUUCCACAGAAGCAAUUUCCCGUUAUAAUUGCAAGAAAAGAUUGUGCCACGGAAUCGAUCCAUACGCCGUGAGCACAUCACAAACAGGCAUUCCUCUGAAUGUGACGUUCCCAAAAAUUUACCAAUUUCUGGUGAUGGAUCCGAAUCCCUUUACAGGGAACCCGAAGGACUGUUCCAAGGCGAUGGACGCCAUAUUAUAUUUUAAAAACGGAUGGGUUAAAAACCUUGCUGGAGGGAAGGUGAAAGAGAUUUACGUUGUUCACGGCAAAGUACAUCACUCAUUCGCGUUGAAUGAAAAACCUCUUGAACCGUGGAUUUUAAUUCAAGAAGACGGCACGAUUCUGGCAGCCCAUUGCAACUGUGCCAUUGGAUUACUUGAGGCAUGUAGCCAUGUAGGAGCCACUUUAUUUGCUCUGGAUGGUGUCCGGACAGCCGUGCUUGAGAAGAAGCUGUCGGUCACCGAUCUCCCAGCAUAUUGGAAAAAACCACCAGCUUCAAUUACGAAUGAUCUUUACAAGCCGAUCAGUGCUAUCGAUUUGGGUAGAAAAGUGAUUCGGAAAUACUUACGGAACAAGGAUUCUGGAAUUCAUUCAAAAGAAGAGCGGAGUCGAGAUUUAUUGAACAAUUUUAAAAUUGAUGGAUUAAACGUUGCAGCUAUGUCUGUGUUCUGUGGAGAUCCUCAAAUAGGAUUUGAGUGUUUGUCUUGCGAUACAGACAAACGCCUUACACAGGCUUUCGAAUUGUUCAAUUUGCGAAAGUUACUCGAUGCUACAUUGAGUGGAAUAUCGUUGAGCGAUCUGAGAAUUCUUGCUGUAAGUAAAUUCGAACAACUGCCGCGCGAUUCAGAAACCAUCGAACUAGUUGAACAGUACACACGCCUGCAAAAUAAAACUCAGAAGCCAAAGUUAAUGCUGAACAAUGACUUCAGUCGCAACAUGAUGAAUAACGACCGCCGGGUCGACUGA